AUGUGCGUGGAGAACUGGCUGUUUGUGAGCGCGUGGUGGUGGUCGGGGCGCGCGGCACGGCCCGCCGCCACCGCCGCGGGCGCUGCCGCCGCCUUCUGCGCCGGCCUCGCCUUCAUGCUGCUCUACUACAGGUACUUUCACGUAAGAAGAUUGGGCUACAUGUUAGGGGAACACCAACAAGGUACGAACAGUACGAACGCGUCUUCACAAAACAAGAACGACAACGUGGCCAUACCAGGAGUGUUCAACUGCCGCUUUUCGAACCCGGUCAACAACAGUGCGGCGAACGGGCGCAAAAAGAAGAAGCCGACGUCAUUCGUGCCCCCGCCGGCCGCGCCGCCCGCCGCCUUCUGGAGGCGGCCACUUCCCGCCGCACACAAUCAUCAUGGAGGUUCAUCAGAAAAUGAAGGCUCAAGCGUCGGCUCUCGUGUCAACAUCCAACAAAAACUACAGGAGAAGAAACAGAAACAGCUCGCAGAGUUACGUGUUAUAGAGGAAGAAAUUAAACAAGGCAAACUUGCCAAAACCACUCCGGUCGCCGCGGAAGAAAUAUACAGCAGUCUACAAAGACAACCCAUUCCUAGAGCAAAGACCCACGCUGAACCGCCAGCGUGGCCUAGCAUAGAAAUGACCCAUUCCUAUCAAAAUUACCCAGUUCUACCACACGCUUGCAACUUGUACCCGACGUACACGGAAAUAAAACCCGAAUACAACUCCCAGAAGUUCCAAAACAAUGACACGGCAGCCCAAAACGAUAUCAAAGUGCGAAUACCGAAUAUAUAUAACCAGGAAUCGAGAGGUUUUUACGAAAAUCCAGCGAAUAUAAGGGGAGAGAACAGGGUCCCAAUACGUUCCCCCAACUACCUCGCACUGAGCGAAACCAGAAACUACGAAUCCAACGCGUGCCGCAGUCCAAGAAAUGUAAUCAACGGUAGCCCAAGAAAUAAUUAUAUACCCGACGUAAAUACCAGCAAUUACGAAACAAGCGCCUUAGAAAAACCAAGGAUACCAAAUCCGAACGCGACAAGUAUAUACUCGGAGGAUCACAGACCGAAUCUCGGCGAAUUUUCAGGUUAUUGUGAGGGUGGGGGUCAAAACGUGUACAAUAAAUAUGGCGAAACCAAAGACGGGUACAUUUCGGCUAUACACACUGCUCUCUCGAAUGUUCAAAGUAUAGACAAUAUUAGGAGUAUUUAUAAUGAAGUUGGUUCGUGUAACCAGUACGGACAGAACUGCGACAGGAUGCUCCCUUAUCCAGCGAUAGCGGGGAAAAAGAUGGAGCAGAUGCGGAAGAUGCAGAGGUGUCGGACUCCCGAGAUUCUUUUGGCGCCGCAUUACCUAGAAGGCUGCAGCAGGCAGGUGUGCUGCCAUUGGAGCGGCUCGUACACCAACAGGAAAAAAGAAGAUGGAAUGACUGUGGGUGUCGCGGGCAGCAGCGGCGAGGAGUCCAGCCCCGACGGCCCCGCCCGGGAGACCCCGCGCCCGCCCAGCGACAUCGAUAGCCAGAUAUCACUCCCUAGGUCCUACACUCUGCCUAGGGAGUUCCGGUAUUGGCGACGACGACCUCGACUAAGAGACGCGCAUGUUCCGAGCAAUAACAGCAGUGAUGGUGACGUGGACAGCGGCGACAACGAUAGCUCGCGGCAGUCCGAGUGUGCGGGCGCGUCGCAGCCGCACGUGCGGCCCGAACGACGCGCGCGCCGAGCGCCGCACGCGCGCCACAAGCCAGAGACCGAGCUGUGA